UGUAUCAAUCAUAUGUCAACAUUGUUUGAAAAUGGACCAAAGAACCAUACAGAUCCUACUUCUCCUGUCCGGAAGUUCCACGAUACUAGCACUCCAAUUCAUGUUCCAAAGCUUCAACGGUUGCGAAAGCAACGGAGUAAUGGACUGCACGCUCCGCGUGCGCAAGGUCAACCGAACUACGGCGGCCCUCAACGGAACCAUCAUCCUGCACAAGGAUCUUGACGGAAGCUACGAGACCUUCAUCGAGGUGUUCCACAGCCCGCUGGGGAACAACCAGUUCAACCGGUACCCGAUGAAGAUCGGCCCGCUAGGCUUUUGCGAGUUUAUGCGCACCUUCUGGGGCGACUACCAGCCGUACCUGGCCAAGUACGUGGCGAACCUGGCCGAGCCGGGCGAGUGUCCGAUGGGGGCGCGCACGCUGAUCUUUCGCGACCUGCAGCUGGAGGCGGAGAUGUUCCCGCGGUACGUCCCGACCGGGCUGUGGAAGCUGCAGUGGCGCAUGCAGAGCGGGAAGGUGGACUUUUUCGCGGUGGAGAUGCUGUUCAAGGUGUACGAAAAUGGGUACUUUUAGGGCUGAUUCGACCUUUUAUCGUAGCAAAUCCCAAAUAUACAUUGUAAUUUCAAUACAUGAAGCGUUGCACUGCGAUCAACCACCUCCCCCUUAAAUGUUUCUUAUAUACCAAGUCAUCUUUGAGAAUAGGAAAAAUGUCUCUUCGAUUACGGACUUCAAUUCUAUGGUAGGUAGUGAACUAGGUCGCAUGAUUUUGUUCUAAUAAUCAGGUAAGUACUGAAUUUCAAUUUCAUCAACAAGGUAAGUAACGAAGCUUAGGUAAACAGUGUGGUGAGGAAGUGAAUAUUGAUAGUGAAAGUGCAAAAAAUUGUUAAAGUGGAAAAGCUGAUUCUGUCAAUCUGUCAAGCUGUCUAUUGUCCAAGGACGCAACUGAACCCUUAGAAGCAUAGCUUCUGAAGAGGUUGUUGCCUCUGAAUGGUCAAGCUUUAACUCAUUUUCGCCCAGGGGUCAUGUCCAAAAAAUCAUCAUCCUCUGUCAGAGCACGAUUUCAAUGCUAGUUUUGUUUACAUCAGUCACAUGAUUGACCUGCUAUUAUGCGUUUGUCAUUUUUACGACUGUUAUUAAAUCGCACAAAUCCCCCCGUUUCAAUCGUUUCAAUGCGUCCUCUUCCGAAAAGUAUGAACACAACAAAGCUGAAGUCGGUGAAACUGGUAGAAUCCCUCUCCGCAAUUCAUACCCCCGGUGACUUCCGACAGCAAUAAUCCCCCUCGUCUUCCUGGGCCGACCCUUUCCGUCUACAGCUACUAUACAGAGCUACCAUCAACGCACAGUUUGCGGCACGUCUUCUACUUCUGUCCUCGUCAUCAAACUGGGUGAUGUUUUGAAGUUUGAAGAGCCGGCAUCAACGAUGCAAUCCCGGCGGCCGGCUUUCGCGGGAAGCUGUUGAACCCCCCCAUAAACAACAACAAUUGCUCUAACCA